AUGGCAGCAGCGGUGGGGCUCUGCGACUGCGCACUUGCCAUGCGUGUCUCAUCUUUUGCCGCUGCUCCCUCGUUGUGUUGGUGGGGGAGGAGGCGAGCGACUGCGUCGUUGGAGUUGCGCCCCAGUGGGAGAGGGAAGGCACCGACCGCUGCUGACGGCGACGGUCUUUGCUGCAGGCGAUGUGACGGGAGGACGUCACCGGUGUCACAGUCAACCGAGAUGGAUGAGGGCCGCACUGCGUCUCCCGCCCCUCUCAUCAUCCUCUCUGUCCACUGCAGUCACACGCCACACGCACCGCAGAGCAGCGUCGCGACCACCAUCCGGAUGUCUGUGAGCCAAUUGGAAUGCAAAAUCGAUGUGGACCCUUUUUCCCCGUGUCUGAGUGCCGCCGUGCUUCUUUAUGUUUUUCCUUUGUUGUGUAUGUCGGGCGCGCAUGGUGUCGCUGAUUGCUGUGCAAUGCCGACUCGCGUGAGCGAGAAACGAUGCUUUGACUGCUGGCGACCGGCGAGCUCUCCACUCCACUUACGCACCAACACCAACAACACCUUUCGGACGCGCUUGAUGGCCGGCGGUCGUAACGCUGCCACGUGGUCUGCCUCGGCUCUUGUGUGUCGUGCACGGCAUCGGGACCGCCCCGUGAUGCAGCCACUCGGUAACAGGAGCGGUGCCAGUGGUCAUGUGGCUUUUUGCCGGGAUUCCGCCACUCGGCACGGUGGCUGUACGGGGUUGUAUGGGCGGUGGGAGGGCGAUGGUGUCACUGAAUUGAUUGCGUCUGCGCUGCUUUGCUUCGGCGGCUGUAUUGUGAUGGUUAUUGUGUAUGACCGGAUGCCUCUGCGUGCCACUGUGUUUGGUUACUGUUGUUGUUGCUGCCUUUUAUUCUUUUUUGAGCGUGCAGUUAGAGAUACUUUUGCUUGA